AUGUCAUCACAACCCAGCUUCGAGCUGACGAGGACCGGCUCAAGAAUCAUACGGCGCAACUCCAUGGUAGCGUCGGAGCGAGAUCUUGAGUCCGGCACGAUCGAUACCGACGAAACUCGCAAUGACCCCAACACAGGCGAGGCGGAGAAAGCAAAUGCUGCGGAUCCCAACAUUGUCGACUGGGAUGGGCCCGACGACCCAAAGAAUCCUCGAAACUGGUCUAAAAGCUUCAUGUUCGCCAAUGUUGCUAUAGUCAGUGCUCUAUCACUUACCGCUAACCUUGCCGCCACCAUGUACGCCCCCGGAGCAUUGGCCCUCGCUCACGACUUCCAUAUCACCAGCACUAUCGAGGCUACAUUCACUGUCAGCAUCUACAUUCUCGGCUUCUGCAUCGGCCCUCUCGUCGUCUCCUCGAUGUCUGAAGUCUACGGUCGCCUCAUCAUCUACCAUGUCUGCGACGUAUUCUACGUCGGGUUCUCGCUGGGCUGCGCGUUCGCGACGAGCGAUGUACAAUUUCUCAUCUUCCGUUUCCUAUGUGGAUGUGCGGCCUCGGCACCCAUGACGGUCGGCGCGGGCACGCUCGCUGACAUGUUCCCUCCUGAGGAGCGAGGCAAGGCGAUGGCUAUCUAUGGAUUGGGGCCUCUUCUGGGACCGGUUAUUGGACCGAUUGCUGGGGGCUUCAUUACGCAGAGCAUUGGCUGGAGAUGGACCUUCAGAAUCAUCGUUAUCAUGGCAGGAAUCUUCAGCCUUGCGGGGGUCGUUGUCCUCAGAGAAACCUACGAACCCACCCUGCUUGAGGCUAAAGCAAAGCACAUGCGCAAAACGACUGGCAAUGACAAACUCCGGGCUCGCACUCACAAGAACCUUACACCAACACAGCUCUUCCUCGAGGGCGUCUCUCGUCCGACUAGGAUGCUGUUCCUUUCCCCCGUGGUCACUCUGCUGUCUAUCUACUGCGCAUUCGUAUUUGGUCUCAUCUUUCUUCUUUUCACCACCUUCCCCAUGGUCUUCGCGGAGCAGUAUGGCUUCAGCCCUGGUACCGCUGGUCUCUGCUACCUGGGCGUCGGCAUCGGCAUGGCAUGCGCCGUCGUUAUUUUCAGUCUCGUCAGCGACAAGCUCGUCAGGGAGCCCAAGGCCGGCGAGAAAUCUCGCCCGGAACUGCGGCUGAUUCCCAUGAUGUGGUUCUCACCGGUCAUCCCUGCCGGCUUUUUCUGGUACGGCUGGACUGCCUAUCACAAGAACCACUGGAUUGUCCCCAUCCUGGGUACUUUCCUAGUUGGAUUUGGCUCCCUGUUUGUCAUUUUCACCACGCAGAUAUACUGCGUCGAUGCUUUCGGGCCGAGAGCCGCGGCGUCGUCGAUUGCCGCCAACACAAUGGCUCGGAACAUUGCCGGCGCAUUCCUGCCGCUGGCUGCCCCGGCAAUGUAUAAGAAUCUUGGACUCGGAUGGGGCAACUCUGUCUUGGGUUUCGUCUGCCUCAUUUUUCUCCCAGUGCCUAUCCUCUUCUAUCGUUAUGGCGAGCGGCUGCGGAAACUGGGACCGCGGUUCGACUAA